GUGCGGGAGAGGGUGGAGCCUCACCGCGAUCCCGGCUCGGAACCAGCCGCUGAGGGUGACGCCGCCGCUGCCGCCGCCAUUAUGUCCGGCAGUGGUGGCACCCUCGCCGCUCCUGCCGGGGUCUCCGCCACCGCCGCCGCCACUUCUCCUCCCGAACAGCCACCUCCUCCACCCCCGCCGCCUCCGCCGCUACCUCCACCACAACCGCCUCCGCCUCCGCCGCCGGGGAGCUCCGCGGCCACCGCCGCCGCCGAGCCGGAGCUGGUGUCGCUCAUCCUGAAUCGCCUCAAGAGCCAAGGCCUUUUCGACCAGUUCCGCCGCGAUUGCCUGGCGGACGUGGAUACCAAGCCUGCAUAUCAGAAUUUAAGGCAGCGGGUGGACAAUUUUGUCUCCAACCAUCUCGCAACUCAUACAUGGAGUCCUCAUUUGAACAAGAACCAAUUAAGAAAUAAUAUCAGGCAGCAGGUUCUUAAAUCUGGAAUGUUAGAAUCUGGUAUUGACAGAAUCAUUUCUCAAGUUGUGGAUCCAAAGAUCAACCACAUAUUCAGACCACAGGUAGAAAAAGCUGUCCAUGAAUUUUUGGCUACAAUGAAUCACCAAGAAGAGACCAAUCCCAGCUUUGCCCUGCCUGAAGAAAAAUUAGAACCUUCUAUUUUGCUGCAAGGUGUUCCUGCUGUCACUCCGAUUGUAAAUAUGGCUAAUGAUGCUCUGUCUAUUUUGGAGACCAUAACAUCUCUCAACCAAGAAGCCAGUGCCACCAGAGCUUCUACAGAAGCAACCAAGACAAAUGAUAGAUUCUCAAAGAAACUCCUGCACAGUUUGGAUGGCAGCAUAGAGAGAGAUCGGAAUGCAGAAGAUGUUGCUGAUGGAGAAAAUUCUACAGAAGAAAGUUUUGAACCAGUAGUAAACUGUGAAGAUACAAGUAAUUCAUUUUCUUCAAAUGAAGAAGGAAAAGCUGUAUCAAAAGAAGCUAGUAGCCUGCUUAAUCCAAGCAAGGAAAUUUUUCAGGAAAGUGAUGAACAAAGAAGUAAAGUGGAUAAAUAUGAUAGAAAACUGGAAAGCUUGGAAAAAGGAGAAAAGAAGAAAGAAAAAUCUGACAAAAAAGUAGACUUCUUGAAGAGAAAUGGUGAUGAUGUAAAAGCAAAAGAAGAAAAGACAAUCAAAGACAAAGAGACAGAAGUGGUAAAACAUUUAACCCUGGAAAAGAACAUUAGUAAAAACAAAAAUGAAAGCACGAAAGAAGUGUUGGAAGAUUCUGAUCUGGACAUACUGAGUGAUAUUACUGUUAGUUCUGUGCACACCAGUGACCUUUCUUCCUUUGAAGAAGAUAGUGAAGAUGUGCUUUCUGAUAGCACAGAAGAAGGAGAAAUAGUUUCUGAUGACGAGGAUGAUGAAAGCAGCCAGAUUAAAGCGAAAUCAGAAGCAGAAGGUACAAAUGGUCAAAGAACAAAAUCUGGACGACAUGCUUACAUCCACAAGCCUUACCUUUACUCCAAGUAUUACAGUGAUUCAGAUGAUGAAAGAACAGUGGAGCAACGUCGCCAGUCGGUUGCUAGAGAAAAAGAAGAGAGAUUUCUGAGGAGACAGCUUAACAGAGAAAAACUUGAAGAAAAGAGGAAACAGAAGGCUACAGAAAGAACAAAAUCUCUGAAAAUCAGCCAUCAAGGUAAAAGCAUUCAAAACGCGGAAGACCUUUCAGGAAGAAGCUGUGAUCUAAAAACUGGUGGUUCCAGCAUGAAGGAUGUGCUUAAAGAACAAAGAUUUUUGGAAAAGAAAGUAGCACUAAGCAGGAAAAGAAAAAGAGAGUCGAGGCACGAUGAAGAGGGCUGGAAGAAAAAAUGUGAACAGCCUGACGAAUAUUUUGGAGAAUUUGAAAAGAUAAAUGAAGGUAUUGAAAAGUUGUCUUCAAAAGAAAUGAAAGUCAGUCAAGGCAAAAAUGGAAAUAAAGUUGUUAGAAAAAUUGCAGAAUUGGGACUUCCACCAGAGGAAAAUAAAAGUGAAAUCAAAAUUGAAAAGGAACACAAGAGAAGAACAUCUGCCUCUUUCCAAUUGGAGAUUAUCCAGCCAGAUGUUGAAGGAAAAUCUCAGUUUGAGAGGGCAGAGACCAGUCCAGAAGAACCUCAAAAGCAAAGGAAUGUACUUAAAAAUGAGAAACACAUUAAAAAGGAUGAGUCAGAAACACCAGGUGUUAAGAAUGUACUGAAGAAAGAGGCCAGACCAUCAAAAGAGAAAAAUGAAAAAGAAAGAAGUCUUUCUGAAGACAAAUCAUUAAUGAAGUAUAAAUGUAAAGGAGAUAAUAUUCAAAAAACAAAUGAAAAUGUUGAAAAUGUACCAUCUGAGAAGAACAUGAGAAAUGAAGAAACUGUUGUGAAAAAUAAUCAGCAAGCAAAAGUUUUGCCUGAUGAUAAAACUGAAAAGAAAAACAAGCAUAGAAGUGAAAGAAAGGCUUCCAUGAACAGCAAAGAGAUGAAAAACAUUUCAGAAAAAAGUGAGAUUAUACGUAAAGAGAACAGAAAAGAGAGGCAGCUUUCCACAGAGAAAUUGAAAGCAGAAUACAAAUCCAGAAAGUUUCUGAAUGAUUCUCGGCCACCAAAAGAGUCACAGAGUGUCUCAAAGAUUCAUGUUUCUUCCAUAACAUCAAAACGUAAUGAAGAAGAGAAGCAUGAUGCAGAAUCAUCCAAUUUGGAUCAUAUUUUGCGGCAAGGUGAUAAUCUACACAAAGUCCGGCGAAGAUCAAAGAGUAGCUUAGAAGAAAGGAUCGUAUUAAAACCUAUGUCCAAGAGUUAUAACAAAUCAGCCAAAGUACCUGAAAGUGAAUUACAAGAAAGUUUAUCUAAGCAGGAAUCUGUGCAGAAAUUGGACAAAGAUAAACAUUCAGAAGAGUGUGAUCCAGAUAAACAAUCUAAGUUCAAACAGGAAAUGAAAUUUUUUGAAGAAAAUUCCACUGAGUUGGAAAUUGAAAGUGAAGCACAUUCACUUAGUAGCUUCCAAAAAGAUUCUAAUCAUAAAGUUAAGGGGCAGUUGGGAGAAAAAAUGAGAGAGAGAAGUAAAAGUGAGAAAUAUUUGAGUACUUCCAGGUUGGAAAGGAGAUUGUCAGCAGGUAAUCACAAAAGCAAAAAUUUUAAGAGUAAUAACAAGGAUAUGAAAAAGAAAGAAGAUGAGGGCAAAUCAGAAGACAAAAGCAUUAAAGAAAUAGAAAAUAAUGCAAAGAUGCCAGAAAAUCUGCACACAGAGAAGAAGCCUAUUAAAAGAUUAAGUAAUGAUCAUCGAAAGGUGAAUACAUUAAUCCAAGAAAUAGAUACGAGAGAGGAAAAAAUACCAGUGGUCACAAGUCCUUUCAUUCCUUUUCAAAAGACUGCUGGGCACUUACUGUAUUCUGAUCAAACCCAGGAGCCAAUGGAGGAAUGUUGCAAUGUUAUACAUGAUCAACAAAGCCAAAUUGAGGAAGAAAGCAGUAAUAACUUACAGGGAAAAGCUGGACUGAAAAAUAUUGUCAAAGACCAAAUACAUCAUGAUUUAAGCUCUGAAUUCAGUAAAACAUUGUAUUCAAAUUUCAGUAACUUUGAAGAAAAAGUGGAAGUUUUUUCUACUAAGGAAAUAAAUGUAUCAAGUGAUAAUUUUAAGCAAAUUCCAAAGAAUUUAAGUUGUUUUGAAAAAGAACAUCAUGUAAAUGCUGCUUAUGAAGAAACUGAUCACGUUUUACCAGAUGCUGCUCAUGAAAAUGAAAAGUUAAAGUUUCAUGGAAUGACUGAGGAUGGUCAUAGUCCAAAGAACCUUACAAGUAGAGGUCAUCGAAGUUGGAAAAGUAGUUCUUCAAUAAAGAGUUUAACAAGGGAAUGUGCACACCAGAAAUCUAUAGAUGCAGAUCUUCCAGAAAUCACAGAACCUUCAAAUAAUGGAUCUAAAGAGGGAUCUUUGAAAAGCUCUUGUGUGAAAUAUACCAUUUCAGAUAGUCAAACCCUUCCUGUUAAAAUGGAAUUUUAUGAUAACAUUUUACUCAAUGAAAACAUGAAAGAUGAUACUGCCAAUAUAAGAAUUAAAAAUUCAGAAGACACAAUACAUUUACCUUCUAAACUAAUACCUAGAACAAGAAUAAGUGCUGUAGCAGGCAUUCAGGAAGUUACUAGACAAAGAAGAACUGGAAGUGCAUCAGCUAGUAUUUUAGAGAGUGAUAAUCUCAUAGGUUCAGCAUCUACAAAUAGAAGUGCAAACAACUUGGAGAAAAUAGAAAAGGAUCAUUUCAGUGAGGAUAUUGCAGAAUACAAACUGAAAACAGACAAAGGUCAGAGUACCAGUAAUUUAGUAGAAUUAUCUUCAGGUUCAGUGCCCAAGAAUGCUCCAGAAAAAGAAAUCAAAGUAUCUACUCUUAUCAAAGGAGGAGAUGAUAUGAAAGAAAUUGCUGAGGAUAAUAAUGAAAGCAGUAUAGUAGGCAGCAGUGUAGAAGGUAGCCAUUGCAUUGUUAGUCACAGUAGCAUGGAAACUGAUGCAAAUGUUAUAGGAACUAGCACAGAAAGACCUACUGGGAACCCUGCCAUAGCUGGUCAUAUUAGAGAAAUCCAAGGAGAUGAAGACAUAUCAAAUUUGCUGACCGAAGGUGAAGCCAUCAUUACUUGCUCAGAAGAACAAAGAAACACUUAUUUAAGUUGUGCAAGUAUAGAAGCAGAUGAAGGUUUCACUUUGGGCCCUUGGAUCGAAAGUAAAGAAAAUACCCAUUCUGUAACAGAAAAAGCAAUUGGUGAGUGGACUGUCACAACAGCUGAAGAAAGUGUUGCUAUUAUGGAAGAGCUUGCAGUAUGUGAGAGUUCUUCAACCAGUACAAAGGAAAAAGAAAGUGGUGAAUGCACUGUGAAUUACGUAGAAGAAAGUACAAAGAAGGCAGUAAAUGGAAGAAGAGAGGAACUUGAUCAAAGUGUGAAUAGCUGUGUAACAGAAGAGAAAGAUGAUGCUGUAACCAGUGCAAGCUCUGAACAAAAAUGUGUGGCUUCCAACUAUGUUGAUAUAAACAAAUUUGAUGGUGAUACUACAUGCACAUUUGAAAUAGAAAGUGAUGGUGCUGUAACCAGUGCAGGUACUGAAGCUCAGAAUCAGUCUAUGAUUGGUGAAAAUCCAGAUACAUUUCAGAGUAACCCAGUUCGAUCUGAACAAUCUAAAGCAGCUGAGGGCACUGUGACUUGUACAGCUAUAGACACUGAGCACAUUGGUUCUGUUAUCUGUUCAGUGACUGGUACAGAUUCACAAGAGAAUGCUGUAAGGGGGCUAUGCCCUGAAAUGGUAAAUAACAUAGCAACAAUAUCCCAUGCUGACAAAAGUGAAGACAUUGUAAAUGGUGAGAGUACUGUCACCAGCACAGGAAUAAUAGCAGAAGAUGAUCCUGCUUGUACUCUUUUGGAGGAAAACCAGAAAGAGUUUGUAGGAGUCUCAAACCCAAAAGAAAAAUAUCAACUUGCCACAGACAGCACAGAAGUUAGAACUGAAACAAAUGCUGUUGAAGUCAGUCAAGGUUCAUAUAUUGAUGAUGAAGGUUGUGUAACCAGCACAGGUGAAAAAGAAGAGGAUGAAGAAAGUGAAAAUUGUGUAACUAGUACAGGAAGAGGCAAUGAAGAAGCAGAACAUGUGUUGGCUUGUACAGGAACAGAAGAAAGUGGAAUGUUGCUUAUUAACAUGGGAACUACAGAACAUGAAAGUUCUGCCUGUCUAUCUACAGAUCAUCUUGGAACAGGGUUAGAUGAAUAUUCUUUAAAUGCAAGUAAAAGUUCUAUUGAUGUUAUGGCAUGCUUAUCAAAAGAAAUGAAGGUUGGUAGUGUUCACAAUAAUAUAAAGGGGACAGUUGCAAGUAGCACCACUAGCAUUGGCAUAAGUAAUGAAAAUAUGGCAUUUGUCUCCCCAAAAAAGGAUUCUCUAUUUACCGAGACAUGCAAGAGUAACAAUGAACUCUUAAAUAAACAAAGUAUAAAUCAGCCAUUGGUUAGUGAAGAGAAGAAUGAGAACACUGAAUCUUCCUUGGACAACAGGAAAUGUGGAGAUCUGAUUAAGAUGGUAUCUAAGGAAAUAAAUAUAGUUUCAGCAUCUGCUAGUGAAAAUGAUAAACGUAAAGGUGAGAUCAUCUCUACAAGUGGGGCCAAAUUGUGCUCUAUUUCAGCACAUUCUGCCAAGCUGAAUGAGCCAACAUUACCACUUGUUGCAAGAACAGUUGAAAACUUAGAGAAGGUUAAAGGUCUGCUAAUUGAAGAUUUCAGUUUUCCUGCACCGAGUACAACUGUCAAAUAUAUGAAUCAAGAUGGAGAUGUUAUGAAAUCUAAUAAAGUUUCUACUAGUAUUUUAGAAGAAUUUGACACUCCAAAGCCAAUCGUAACUGUGGAAGAUACUGACACUGUACUUGCUACUAAUAGAAUUAUAGAGAAAACCAACAGCAUGGAGAUAAAUGCCAUUCAUAUGCCCAGUGUAUUCACUGGAGGAAGUGAUGAAAUCCAGGUGGUUGGUGAUAAAGAGGGAAGGGAUGAAUGUGCGACAAUUUCCACAAGUAUAAUUGAAGAUACAGAAACUCCUGUUUCUGAGAAAGGCAAUGAAGACAUUGCUCAGUGCUUUGAUCUAAGACUGGAGCAAACUACUGAUACUGCCACAAUCUCAACAAGUUCAGUAGAACAUUUUGAAUUUUCUGCUGAGAAACAAAUUAAUCAGAUCUCUGUAACAGAAGGAAAAUUGAAUUUUGCUCAGCUUUCAACUGAGAUAUGUAACAGAGUUAUACAUAGUGUAGUUGUGCCAAUAGAAAUAAAACACAGAAAUGAAAAUACAGUAGAAGUAGAAAAGUACAAGACUGUUCAAGAAGCUACAAGCCAAGAAUCUGAAUUGGAUGAAAGUAACAUGCAUUUACCUACAAAAGUAGGAAUAUUUCAUGGCCUUGAGUUCAGUAUUACUAAUAGCAAAUCUGAUCAGAUGCUUACUGCAUCAACUACAAAGGAUCUUGCAAAGAAUCCUGACAAAUCAGGGGCUGCUGCCUCAGAAGAAACUCCAUGUACAUUGGCAAGCACAGAAGUGGAAGAGAAAAUCAGUAAGUGCCCUGAAGAAUUAGAUCCCACUAUGUCGACAGGUUUAAAAAACAGUAAGAAUUUACUUGAGUUGCCUAAUGAUGGGCAAGGGAUCCAGGGUAGGGAAGAAAGUAGAGAACCUUCAGUUAUAUCCAGGACUGAUAGCAAUUGUGAAAGCAUAGAAAUUUCCACAAAUACAAUGGAACUUGUUAACGUAGUUGAACUUCCCUGUGCAGAAAUAAGUUUUGAUUCCUCUGUCUGUCAUGGCCUAUCUGCUGGAAAUAGAUCCAAAGAAGAUGUGAAAUAUAUUGAGGUUCUGUCAAAACCUGCUGGUUUACUAGGAGAAAAAAAGUGGAAUGAGAAGAUAGACUUUAUUAUUCACCAACCAUUAAAAGCUGAAGUUACUGGAAAAAAGGAUGUCUAUAACUCCAGUUCAUUACCUUUUGAAUUAGGAGAAAUUUCUGAGAAUGCUCAAUAUAGCAAGGCUGAUGUAAAUGCCAAAGUACCAGAUGCUCUUGGAAAUACAGAAAACAAUAAUGACAGUAAAGUGGUGCUUCCAUUAGAGACUGACAAUCUGGAACCAAAGAUGGAGACGGCAACUGACAAGCAGCUGCUGUGUACAAAUCCAGAAAAGGAACUUCACUAUGAAGAGAAACACCCCGAAGAGGUUCUCAAAACCUUUGGAAAUACACAUGCUAUGGUCAUGACAGAAGCAAUAGAAGGUCAAAUUCUUAAAGAAAGAUUAUCAAAGAAAGAAAGACCUGAUCAGAACAAACAGAGUUUCAUGCCAGAAGCAACGAGGAGUCCUGCUAUUGAAGAGGGUAGUGAUACACAAUGCCAGAUUUUGGAAGAAGAGGUCAAACAGGAAAUAGAUGAGGAAAAAACUGUCAACAACUCAGAAGAAAUGCCUGAAUGUCAUGCUGUGGCUCGGAAACAUUCCUCAGAAUCUGUAAAAGAAAAAGAUAAAAUUAUUGGCAAAGUGGAUAUUUCUAGCACUUCAGGUCUGGAAUCCAGUUUGAAUCCUGUUGAGAGAAGCAGUCUGCAGCAAGUAAUAGUUAAACGAAAAAGAGGAAGACCUCGCAAAUAUCCUGUUAAUAUAGCAGCAGUGCAGAGUCAGGAUCCAGCAUUGGACACAGUCAUGAGAAAUGUACUGCAGUCUUCAGGCACUAGCAGUAGACCAGUGAUAAUACCAGAAGCCAAUGAUUUUUUGAACAAUACAAGCAAUGAAACUGAAAAAGGGAAGAGCAAGGUGAUUAUGCGAUCAAGAGGAAGAAAAUCAAAACAGGCUUGUCUUUCACCAGUGGAAACAGGAACAAACACAUCUGAGUCAUCUAAAAAACGUCAGAAGCUACUAUCGGUCUCCGAAGAAAGUGUUAAGGGCCAGGAUGAAAUCAAGGAGAAAGGAGACAUUGGUGAAACAGAUGGAGAUGAGACGCAUUCAGGAGCCACGACUAGGUCAGCAUCAAGAUUAGAAGCAGAAAGGAAGCAGCCAAACAAGCCAACAACCCGAGCUUCAUCGAAAAGCCAGAAUUCAUCCCCAGCUCUUUCUACAAAACGUUGGAAAUUAGCAGAGAAGAAGCAGUCAUCUCCCACUGCAAAAGUGAACAGAAGUCCUCGCUUGGCCCAAUCAAAAUUUCAACCCACCAAGCGCAGAAGGGAAGCGAGCCCCGCAGUGUCACGUAAGAAGGAUCACCAGAGGCCUGAUGAGACUGAUACGAAAAAGUCCAAGCGAUAGUUGGAACCCGUGUCAGUGGGGAUUCAGUGUCAGAGGGAACAUUCUCUGCUCUAUAAAGCUUGGGUAGGCUGCAUGUGUGUAUUUCCAAGAUGUAACCUAUAACACCCAUUUAAACAGCUUUAUAGACUAUUUGUUUAUGAAGAAGAUGAUAUGAAUUAAUUUGCUGAUGCUUCCAAUCCACUCUAGUGGCGUCUUAACACCUUUUGUAUAUAAAACAUUUAUUUAAAAAAGAUUGUAUUUUACUGUGUAUGAACAUAAUGGAAACACGUUAUUGAACUGCAACACCUGGUAUUAUAUCCUAUGGUUUUAACUGAAUUAUUUAAUGUUGUGCUUGCCAUGCUUAGUGCUGGGUAGGAGUAGGAGAAGGACGGGCAAAGCUAAUUUGGCUCAGAACUUCAGGUCAAGUAGAUAGGCAUAAGGAGAGCUUUGUUAGUUCCCUUGUUGUGUUUGUAACUUUCUCUAUGCUAAGAGUUAAGAGUAACAUUUACAGUGUUGAGUUCAACAUGCCCUUUCCUCUGGAAAUGUAUUCUCACUUGUAAAAUUUCUCCCAGUGCCCCAGCUGGAACACAGUUCAAGAAGAGUUUUUGACUGAAGAGCUCAUCACCUUUCUGUGGAGCUCUUGAUGGUUCUUCUCACAUGGCUUUUGUUUCUCCAUAGAAAAAAUGGAAAACAAAAGGACUGAAAAGAUUGGCAACAUGCCUACUUUAUCCACUAGUAUUAAAGAAGGGCGUAGAAUAUGGCUAGUUGUCCAAACUUUUAGUAGACUUGCAUUUUACUCUCUCAAGAACAAAUCUUCAAUUUGAGUUCCAUGUAAAGCUUUUUUUAUUGUUAAUCGCAUUUGUCUCUUGCAAAGAUGUAAGUUGCCAAAUAUUAUGAGAUUAUUUUAAAAUGUUCAUAUUCAUCUUUUAUAACUAAAACCAACAUUUUUAAUUUUUUGUUGUUUGGAUUUUUUUUGUUGUACUAUGGAUAUUUCUGUCAAAUAUUCUGGUUUGUUUCUUAUUGAUUUUUUAUAUAUAAAUUACAAAAUACAAAACAAAAUGUUUCUAAAUUAGAGUCUCAGUAUUUGAAUUGCUAGAUUUUUGCAUGUAUUCCUAGUAUACACUCAAAGAUUGUCAUCCCAAACAUUCCCGAAUCUUAUUGAUAUCUGUGCAAGUUAAGCACAAGUGAAAUCUCUAAUGCUCUGAGCCCAGCAAUUUAAUGAUUCUUUGUUUUGGAUUGGGCUCAUGAAAUAGAAUUUACAGCGUGGGUCAAUCAUGUUCAUAGGGGGGG